AUGGAGCUCAUUAGAAAAAGAAUUCACAGGCUCAAAAAACUUAUCUUAGGUAUUUUUUUUCUUGGAAUUUCUCUUUAUUGAAUAUUUGCUGUUUAUAUUGAUUUAUACAAUUCAGAAGCUUCGACAAUCGACAAUCCUGAACAGUCAACACAAUUUAUGGAAGCCUUAUUUUAUGAUACAACUACACAAGAAGAAGCAUCCUAUAAGAAUAGCGAUGCAAAUAUUGGAAAUCAUCAAAUAGACGACAUAAAUUCUCCAAAAAAUAACUUAUCUAGCCAUAAUGAAGCAGCAGCAAUUAUCCAAAAUUUAACUGAGUCUACAUUACCUUGCCAAAACAUUAGCAUAUCUAAUCCAUUACACGAAAAAAUAAUUUCUUUACCUUUACUUCCAAGCAUAAAUCUUAAAAAUCCCAACAUUACUUGUAAUCCUCCCAUAUUUAGUUAUAAACCUAGUCAAAUUGCCUUAAAAUUCCCAUAUGCAAAACGGAAAUUCAGCUGUGGGGAAGAGGGUGAUAUUUUUAUGAUCCAAGAAAAUAAUAUUACAAUAAAUUGUGAAGAAGGCGAAAAUCCAGAAAUAAGUUUAGGGACAGAUCCUGAAGAUGAGCUCCUUGAAAGCCCGCUUGCACCAAAAUGGAAAGCUUAUAAGGAUGCUCAAGAUAUAGGCAGAACUGAAUUUGGGUUUGCUAAAUGUGGGAGCGAUAAGAGACAAGGGUUUCUUCAUAAUAAAUUUUCUAAAUCUGCUUCUAAAAGAGCACAAGAAAGACGAAAAGCAACAGAGAAGAAGGCAAAAAUGACGGAGCCUUCAAAGCCUUUGACUGUUUUAGUUAUAGUUUUUGACUCUGUAUCAAGACAGCAUUUUUAUAGAAUGCUGGCUGAAACAGUUAGUUUUAUGAAUAACAGCAUAGCAUCUGGGGCAUAUGCUGAAAAUUUUGCUCUAUAUGAUUUUCAAAUUGAGCACUCUAUAUAUAUAAACACAAUGUCAAAUAUUAUCCCUUUACUUCUUGGAAAACCAGAAGAAGAUGCCAAAGCAAAAGUAAAAGGCUUAAAAUUAGCGAAUAAUUAUCAAGAAGAUUUUGCUAAAAACCAAAAAGAUGCGCUUUGGAAAUAUUAUGAAAAUUUUGGAUUUGUGACUAUGUUUGGCUGGGAAAACAGGUCAGGGUGGCUGUCAAAGAUUAUAGGGAGAAAAGUGCUAGCAGACCAUGUUGUAAAUAAUUUAUAUAGUUCAGCAGGAAAAUUAUCCCAUUUAUAUAUAAAUAAAGUUUUCAAUGCUGAAGCUAGCUUGUUUUACCUUUAAAAUAAGCUAUAAAUAUUAUCUAAAGUAAUGCAAAAUAAUAUAGUAGGCCUCUGCUUAGGAUGUUUAAAAGAAAUGUGCCUAGGCAAUCAUUAUUCUCACCAAUAUUUAUUCAACUACACAAAAGAAUUUAUAGAAAAUUACAAAGGCCAUCACAAAUUUGCAUAUAAUCACUAUGAUACUGGACAUGAGGACACAGGAUCAGUCAUAAAAACAGCUGACAGCGACUUAGCGUCUCUUCUAAAAGAUAUUUUAGAUUUUCACUCUAAAAAUAAUGAAGAAUUAGCACUAUUUUUAACCUCAGACCAUGGCUUAGGCGUAGGUAUUUGAAGUAGAAAUGAAGAAGGUAUAAUGGAGCAUUUGCUUCCCUUCAAUUUUCUAAUAGCAAGUAAAAGCCUAAUAGAAAAACUCGGCCCAGACACUCAUGAAAAUCUCCUCCACAACACCCAGCAUUUAACCAGCAAGCAAGAUACCCAUUUAUCACUAAAACAUCUAGCUUAUGCUCCCUAUAAAAAAAUCACCAAAAAAUCCCAAGAAUAUAAAAAUUUAAAAAAUGGCCAGACUGCUUUAUCUUUAUUUUUAGAAAAAAUUAAAGAUGAUAGAAAUUGCAAAGAUAUCGGAAGUGGCUUGGAAUGGUGUGCUUGCUUGGAUUAUAAAGAGAUUAGCCUUGAAGAUUAUAAGGAUUUAGCUGAAAGAAUUGCAGAUCAAGGAGCGAUAGAAAUUAAUAAAAAACACAAAAAUGAAAGGGUCACUUAUUAUUGUGCUACUAUUGAGGUUGGAGAAGUUAUUGAGAUUAAACGUGAAAAUAUAGAAAAUGUGAAAGGAAAAUACAGCGGAGUUUAUAAAGUAACUUUUUCUGAAAAAAAUCACCCAAAUUAUAUGGUGACUGUAAUAGCUAUAGUGCUGCCUAGCGAUGAAGCUGAAAAUUAUGAAGAAGAAGGAUACUGAUAUACAGGAUAUGCGGCAAUAAAAUUAGAUUUUAAUGGAAAAUUACUAUCUGUCCGACCUAUUCAAUUGAUAAGAGCUGAUGAAGAUGAAGAUUAUUGUUUGGAAUGACUAUCAAGUUUUCGCUGGUGGAAGCGGUUUUGUCUAUGUACAAGCUCAAAAAACUAUAAUAUUACGUCAACUCCUUCGCAAAAAGAUAAGAAUUUUUAUGAAAAAUUACUAAAAAUUCCUUAUAUGGUAAUAGGAGAAAGCGGAAAGUCUUGCAAUGAAGCGUGCAAUAAGGAAAGUAGAUUCUGCCAAAAAUGGGGACUGGAAGUAACAAAUAAUAUUGAGCUUUUAAAAGAGCCAUGGAAAAAUCAAAUAAAUUCGUAUAAGAUACUUAUGGAUGGAGAAUAUAAGUGGCUUAAAGAUUUAAAAAUCAAGGAUAUAGAAGCUGGAGAUGUGCCUGGCUUGAAAUACCAGAACGGAACUUAUAGAUUUGUCCAAGGAAAUUGAGACAACUUAAGCUGUAAUUCUGAGCAAGAAGGCGUAAGACCAAUUUGCGCAUGCUCUGCACACAAAAUAGAAGUCUCGUAA